AUUGAAGUCACACGUGCUUCUAUAUAGGUUUGUAAUGAUCGAAGAAGAAACUGAAAGAAAGGGAUCAUGUCGGAAGAAGCUGUAGUAAUGGAGAACAAGCAGGUUAUAUUCAAAGGCUACAUAGAUGGAGUUCCUCACGAAACCGACAUGGAAUUGAAGGUCUCCAAAAUAGACCUCAGUAAGGUUCAGGGAUCAGGAUCAGGAUCAGGAUCCAUCCUCGUCAAGAAUCUUUAUCUCUCUUGCGACCCUUACAUGCGCGGUCGCAUGCGUGAUUUCCGUGAAUCUUAUAUUCCCCCCUUUGUUCCUGGCCAGGCGCUUGAAGGAUUCGGGGUAUGUAAAGUUAUACACUCUGAUAAUCCGAAUUUCAAGCCUGGGGAUUACAUUUCUGGAUUUACGGGCUGGGAGGAGUAUAGUUUGAUCCAAAAAACUGAGCAGUUGAGAAAAGUCCAACCAGAUGAUCACAUUCCUCUCUCCUUCCAUAUCGGUCUUCUUGGAAUGCCAGGGUUUACUGCUUAUGCAGGAUUUUACGAGGUGUGCACGCCGCAGAAAGGAGAAUAUGUUUUUGUAUCAGCUGCAUCAGGUGCUGUAGGGCAGCUAGUAGGCCAACUUGCCAAGCUUCAUGGCUGCUAUGUAGUUGGAAGUGCUGGCUCAAAGGAAAAGGUUGACCUCCUAAAGAACAAGCUUGGAUUCGACGAAGCUUUUAACUACAAGGAAGAAUCGGACCUGAAUGCAGCUCUACAAAGGUAUUUUCCGCAAGGAAUUGACAUAUACUUUGACAAUGUGGGUGGGGAAAUGCUUGAUGCUGCACUACUCAACAUGAGGAUUCAUGGUAGGAUUGCAGUUUGUGGGAUGGUGUCUCAGCAGAGCCUUUCUAAGCCCAAAGGGAUUUACAACUUAAUGAAUCUUAUAAUAAAGCGCAUCAAGAUGCAGGGGUUUUUGCAGAGCGAUUACUUGCACUUGUAUCCGCGCUUCUUGGAAGAAGUUUCCAGAUACUACAAGGAAGGAAAGAUUGUUUACAUUGAAGACAUGAAUGAAGGCUUGGAAAGUGCUCCAUCCGCUUUUGUUGGACUUUUCCUUGGCAAGAAUGUUGGCAAACAAGUCAUUCGUGUCGCCCAUGAAUGAAUGAUCACUUUUCAUGCUUACUAUGUUGUAAUCAUAUAUAUAUAUUCAUUGAAAAUUUGUUGGGUGAACUUGACAAGCUGAGAGAGAGACAGAGAUUCUACCAUCCUAGCAAAAUUCUUGCUCCAUAGUGUUUGUGUAAUGUGCUAUUGCCUUUUAUACAAAGCCUUAUUUUCUCAAGUCGCUACCAAAAAAUAAUUGUGUAUUACCUUUCAUUGAAUGAGAUUGAUCUUCGCACA